AAUAUUCACUUUACUGCUUCAGACAAGAACACACACUCUCACACACACACUCUCUCAGUGACACUGAUGGAAGGUGUGUGUGUGUGUGUACACGUGUGUGUGUGUGUGUGUGUGUAUAGAGGGACAGGCUGCAGGGACGAGUGUGUUGUCAGGACGUGUCUCCACUCAUAGUUCUCCUCAGAACCGAUGAGGACAUGAUCAAGUUCAGAGCCAAAAAACCUGUGGAACGGUCGCGUGAGCUCCUGCUGUUACCAUAGAAACGCAGUAAGGUUUAGUCUAACUUAGUGGUCUAACAUGCUAGGCUAGUAAAACUGGGGAAAAUAGCAGCUUGAGAGACAGAUAGAUGAAUAAACUGCUGUAGAUUAUUUAUUUAUUUUUCGUUUAUUUAUUUCAAUUCCUGUUAGCUAAAACACUAAGUUAGCGUGCUAAGUUAGCUUGUUUGUUAGUUUACAUAUUGAAUUAGCAAUCAAAAGAGUGUAAAUUGUGGAAUUGGUAAUAAACAUAACAAAAAAUAAAAGUCAAAUCUGAUCUGGAUGUUACUGAAACAAGACAGGAAUUAGCAGAAAGUGAGUAGCGAAUAAAGAGUAAACGUAGCGCCUCUGUGUCUCUGUACUGUGAUGGUGAUGUACGAUGUAUUGCACGCGUGUGCAGGGCAUCAUGGGUAGCGUCAGCAGUCUAAUACCCGGCACUAAGAACUGCAGAGGUUCGGAUCAGAAGAUGAAAAAAGGGUUUCAGGGUAAAAGAGGCGGAUUGCUGAAGCACGGUUUCUCUCACGAACACAACGGCAAAAACAACAACUCCAAACUCGGCCACGCCUCCGCGGGAACCGGCGAUGCUGACGACUUCUUCUACAUCAAAGUGACCAACAAACCCAGAGGAGAAGAAUCGCUGGACGACGCUGGCUCGAGGAGAACACCCACGGAACUGAGCGUGUGCGCUAGGUUAGAGCAGACUGCAGAAGGCUCCUUCCUGCCCCAGUUCCCCCGCAGCAGCAGCUCUUCUGUAGAAACCCACAACAGUUUGAGCACAAUUCUAGGAACCAACCUCAGCCAUAUCGACCAUCCCAAACCCCAGACACCGGAACCGAAACAUGACAUGAGCUCAGGAUCUCCAUGUGAUUCUGGGAUCUCCGGCUCCAGCUGGACCAACGACGGCGCUAACAGCAGGACAAAAUGGACCGGUGGGGUUAACGGAGACGGCAGGACACCCAACUCCAGCACAAGAUCCACGAGCGUGUUGAGUGACUGCACGUCCGGCCCAGUGAGCCUAAAGACCGACGCCACGGCUAAAACUGUGGAAUUGAGCACCACCAGCCCUUCCUCAGAGAGGAAUUUUCCAAGUUCACUGGAGUCUGAAGUGUGUGAGGAGAGACAGAUCUACAGCUCUGAGGUAUCCCAGCAUGCUUUGCAGGCUCAGCAGCUCCUCCAGCUGCAGGUUCUUCAGCUCCAGCAGGAUAAAGAUCAGCUUCAGGAGGAAGUGGAUCAGCUGAUCAGGGACCGAGAUGCAGCCGAGAGUCAGUUCAUCUACAAACACCAACACAGCCCUAUAACAGCCACACUGGAAGAGACACAGUGGGAGGUGUGUCAGAAGGUGGGUGAGAUCUCUCUGCUGAAGCAGCAGCUGAAGGACUCGCAGGCUGAAGUGACCAGUAAGCUGGGCGAGAUUGUGUCUCUGAGAGCCGCACUGAGAGAAAGCAGGAGUAAAAUGGAGGAACUGGAGGAGAAACAGAGGGAGUGUGAGGAGACACUGCGCUUACGGACCACCGAGAUGGAGGUCUGUGAAAACGAGUUGCAGAGGAAGAAGAACGAGGCCGAGCUGCUCCGAGAGAAAGCAGGAAAGCUGGAGACGGACGGCAAAACCCUGAAACAAGAUCUCCUGCUGGCCAGAGAGGAACAUUUAGAGCUCCUGAGCCUGAAGGUCCAGCUGCAGGAGCAACAACAUCUACUGCAGAUCUUCCAAUCCAAGAUGGCUGCCCAGGAAUCUUCAGAAGACGUCGACGUCCUUCAGAAGGAGGUGGAGAGUCUGCGUGAGCAGCUGGAGGACGAGAAACGGAAGAAGGAGAAGAUCCUGAGCAGCUUCCAGCGUGAGAAGCAGACGUGGAACAAAGAGAAGGACAAAGUGAUCCGUUACCAGAAGCAGCUGCAGUUUAACUACGUCCAGAUGCACAGAAAGAACCAGGAGCUGGAGAAAAGACUGAAGGAACGAAACGGCAAAGUGGAAGACAGGACAGAAAAGGACAAGGACCGGACACAGGAGGACACAGAUAUCCGAAAGACAGAUGUGAGCUACAGUGAAAUGGUGGCCACUGAGAUAUGAAGCAGUGCCCUGUUCCGAUCCCGUCUUUAAUGCACACUUGCCCACUUCCGUGUCCCCUUGGUCGCGUCCGAUUAGCAAUUUUAAGGGCUCUUCAGUUAUCGAGGUCCACUCUUAGAAAAAGGUUCCUUAAGGGUUCCUCAGAUGGGUCUGCUUCAUCUUAGCUAAAGAACCAUCUAAAGCCAUUGUUUGUAGAGUUAUAUUCAGAGGCGUUCCUCAGACAGACAGACAAACCAAAGAACACUUUACUAGAUAAAAAUAAAACUUUCCCAGAAGGCAUUUCUACAUUCCUGAAGCAGGUUCUCGGUCAGGAUGGCAGAUGAGGAGUAAAUGUUUUAAUCAUUCCAAUAAUUGUGUCUCUCAUGGAUAUUCACCAAUCUUACUCUGCUACCUAGCAAGUACACUGGAUAUUUAGCACUUCACCUUAGCAAUGGUGCUGAUUGUUACUCAGAAAUUCCAUCAGUCUUCCUACUGAAAAAAACCUGUUCCUAGCGUCGAUCCCAGCUCCUCGAUCGCAGCAUGGCCCCGGUGUAGACAUAACACACUCCUCACACUGGACGUCUGACUGAAGGUUUAAAGUUGUCUCAAUUUUAUUAAUUUUGUUUAUAUGUUUGUUAUUUAUUUAUGAGUGAAGCUCAUUACUCACUGCAAAAAAAAAUCUCACUGCAGUUAGAGCGGGAAGUGCUGUGAUUACAUCAUAACAUCACAGCCAAUCAGGUUCCAGUAUGCAAAUGCAGAGCGUAGCAGCGACUGUGGAGGAUCGAGAGACGUUUCCAGUUUGUGUAAGAGUCUAGCAGCUUCUGUGGAAACGCCAAAUCAAGCAAAAUAAUAUUCUCUGUAAGUAAAAGAUAUCUUUUGCUGACUUUGAGUUUAAAAUGAGGAACUGCGAGGAAAUAAAAACCCACCAAAUCAGAUCAGAAGCAGAUCAAACUAAACUCGGAGAAGCUUUAUUUCAGCCGAGAACUGGACAUAAACACUGACCGUUCACAAAAUCUAUCUUUUCUCUUCACACCAGAGCUUUACUUCAACCAAACAUCUACACCAAACCCUACAAACUCUGCCACUGCCUCACGGAGGGCACUUCAGACUGUGUUCUCACGCCACACACACUGAAUGAUGUACACUAUGUAUUGUAUUUAUUCUGAUAAUAUAAUAAAAGUUACUUUUUUAAUAA